AUGGCGGCCCCGGGCGGGCUGGGCCGCUGCGUGUUCGCCUUCUGGCUGGCGCUGGCCUUCGACGCGGYGGGGCUGGCCGUGCUGCUGGCGGGYGUGUUCGCCGACGUCUUCUUCUCCGACCUGCUCAUCUACGGCGGCGGCAUCAUCAUCUUCCUCAGCCUCGUGUGGUGGGUGUUCUGGUACGCRGGCAACCUGGAGGUGCCGCCCGAGGAGCUGCGCGACGACGUGGGGCUGGUGCCGCCCAAGGGCAGCCUGCUGCGCGGGCUGGUGCACGGGCUCAGCCUGCGCCUCUCCUCCGCCUUCACGGGCACGCGGGCCCGGGCCGCCCGCGCCAGACCCGGCCCCGGCGCCGCCGACGAGGAGAAAGAAUGA